CUCCACUUCCUUCCGCUUCAGCCUUAUCGUAGAAUUUCUUCCCACUUUCCCUCACACACCCACUCCAUCCCACAGCGCCACCAUGCCUGAAAAGCGACGCCACAACGAUCCGGAUGCCGCCCGGGCCCCCACCAAAAAGCACCAGCGCGAUGCGAAGCACCACAAAGGCGGCUUUCAAGUCGGCCCUGCCAACCUGCCCGACGGCACCCACAGGCGCAAGGUCCUCAAGAUCAAGCAAGACCUGAUCCACAAGGCCAAGAUCAAGAAGCAGUACGCCAAGCUCAAGGAGCGCGAGCUCAACCACCAGCCUUCCGCUGCCACUGCUGCCCACGACGACGACGAGCCCACGGCUGAGCCCGCCUCGCUCGAACCGCACCCAGACCGGCAGAAGAACCUCGAAAAGUCGCCUACCCCAGAACCUGAGCCACGCGAACCACGCGAGCGUCGUCCGCGCAAGCAAAGGACCACACCCUACGCAAAGGAGGCCGCGGCGGCACAGAAGCGCAAGGAAGAGGCCGAGGAACGGCGCAGGGCACGAGAGGAGGCUGAACGGCAGAAGCAGGAGCGACUGGCUGAGCGCGAGAAAUUCCGCAAGGCCAUGGCCAAGGCGCGAGGAGCCAAGGACGGCAAGAGGAGGCUCGGGAGGGAGGCACCGGUGCUGUUGGACAAGAUCAAGAGGUUGGUCGGUCAGACAUAGGGCAGGGUGAAGGGAGAGGGAAGGAAAAAAAGUUUUUGAGCAUGGAUGAUUUUCGCAUCUGGCAUCACGGCGUCCAGGCAGGGAGUACAUCAGCGAUACCAACAUAUUUGCCAUGAAAUCGGAACCCGCUUCGUUUUUGCAUCUCCAAGUCAUUCCUUUCGUUCCGAAAAUCGACCGUUGUGCGCGAGCCGGACCUCG